UGUAAGUGAGUGAUGGCGGAGCUGGCUGCCUUGCCGUCAUUCUGGAAAAUUCUGUGGCCAGCGAGCUCCCUCUGUGUCUCCCACUCGGCCUCUUUUCCUUUUCACCACUGCGGGGACUUCAUCUGAUUUGCAGUUUUCCUCUUCCCCGACACACAUACGGAAGCUGCAAGCUGGUGGCUGGCAGACUGUGUCUGUCUGGAGAUAGACAGAGAGCUCACGGAUACUAAUACUCUGGGAGAAUGGUUAUGCUGCAGUUAUUUAAGGAUAUGCCUUUGUUGGUAUUGCAGCACAGGAGCUGAUUCUCCAGCCUUUUCUUUCUAACCAGACACACUCCUUGGGUCUGACUUGCUUGCAGACAAAAGGCAACUGAGGCUUUUAUUGGUGUCCUGAAAACGGAGCAGAGGAACCUUCGAUUGGUACUACCCACAUAAAUAGGAACAAUUCUAAAGGCGAAGAAACAUGGCUGACGACAGGAAGGACGAAGCUAAGGCACCGCACUGGACUUCAAGUCAGAUAGCAGAGGCUUCUUCGCACUCACACUCCCCUGAGAUGAAGGAGCAAAGCGGCACAGGUGAAGGACUAGUCAGAAGUGCCAAUGGAUUUCCAUACAGAGAGGAUGAAGAUGGUGGAUAUGGUGCACGUGGGCAACAGAGCUCAUACUCCAGAACCAAAGAGAAUGGGAUCAAUGGAGAACUAGCUACAGGAGAGAAAGAAACUGCAGAAGAAGUAUCCGCAAGGAUAGUCCAAGUAGUAACAGCUGAAGCUGUGGCAGUCCUGAAAGGUGAACAGGAACAAGAAGCCCAGCACAAAGAUCAGCCUGCACCAUUACCUUUAGCAGUUGAAGAAACAGCUAACCUGCCUCCUUCUCCGCCCCCAUCACCAGCUUCAGAGCAGACUGGAACAUUGGAAGAAGAAGAAGAAGAAGAAGAAGAAGACACAGUUAAAGGUCCAGUGGCUGAUGAACCCAAACCUGCUGUUCCGCUUGGUGAGGAAUGUGAGAAAAUGAGUGAUCCUGCUGAGCCUUUGCAACAGGCAGAGGGCUCCAAAGAGGCCCAGCAGGACUCUAUUUCUGAAGACCAAGUGGCACGUAAUGGGGAAAAUGUCACCCUAGUUGAGGAGGAACCCUCGAAAGCCAAAAUGCCUUCCUUGGGUGAGGAAGCUUCGAAGAUGGAAAUCCAUGAGGAGCAUACAGGCCUUUUUGCAGCUGAGCCAUUAGGCCCAAAGGAACCAGAGAAAGGAAGUAAGACUAGUGAGCAACCUAUACACGAUGCCUUAGUUCAACAGCCAGCAAAAACCGAGACUUUAGAAACAACAGAAUCACAAGGCAAAGGAGAAGAAAAAAUGCUCCCAACCCUGUCAGGACAGACCUUAGAUGCCAGUCCACAAAAGAAAGAGGACAGGAAUUCUGUAAAAGCAGAAUUUGAUUUCACUGGAGAGCCACAUCUACAUAAAGAACCAAAAGAUUUGUCAACAGAGCUGCACAAAGAAAGUAAAACAGAUGAAAAGGCACCGGAGGCCCAGAAACCUGCCGCUGAAGCACUACCCUUCAGGUCUAGAGAUGGCCAGUUUGAUGCUAUAAAAAGUGACUUUACCUCUCAUGAAAGCAUAGGUUGUUUCUCAUCUUCAGAAUUUACAGUGGGCCAAAAAAGCACAGUUAAAACUGUGUUUUCUUCUGAAACUUUGCCAGUUACUCUACAUAAAUCUGAGCCACAUGGUAGUAGAAACAUGAUGCAAAUAUCUACUGCUUCAGAGAUUGCCAAAGAUAGAAAAAUUGACAAAGAGCAAGCAAAAAAACAUGAAGAAGAAUUUGAAGUGUUGACUUCUCAAUCCUCAAAACAAAUUAAAGUGCAGACGCCCACCCAGAAUGUUCCUCUUUGGGAGGAAGAGAAAGAUAUGACAGAAGAUGAAAGCGACGAGGAGGGGUACUCAAUUUCCAGUGGACAAAAGCCCAAGAUAUUAGAUGAUCAUUUUUUAAAAGCUCAUGGGCAACAAACAACUGCUUUGGGUAAAGAAGUAGAAGGAACUGAUUCUAAAAAGCCAUCUGGUACAAUCAAAGCAGAAGAAGAGUUGGAGAAAACUGAGGUUUCAUCAACAUGGGAUAUUAAAAAAGAGGAAAAGCAUGGCAUAGAGAGUUCUACAGAAGGACUCAGCCAAGAAUUACUUCCUGAAAAAGUAAAAGAGCCUUUAGAUAAAGCUGUAUUGUCUGCAGCAAUAGAGAAACCCACUGCUGAACCCAGCAAAGAAUCUGUGCAAGGAAAGGAUGGGAAAGGGGAAGUGUUCUCAGCUGCAGAUUCAGAAGCUCACAAAAUGCAGAUAGAGGAGGAUAAAUCAGGAAUGUCUACAUAUUUUGAGACUUCCACCCUUAAAGAUGAAUCUAUCAAGAGUGACAUCCUACAGCAAGGCAAUGAUUACUAUGAACUGAGUGAUACUAAAGAGGAGACCUACGACCCUUACCAUAAAGAUUUCAUCAUAUCUAAGAAAGACACUGAGGAAUUUCAGCCAGAGGCAUAUCAACACACCAGCAUACCUGCUCAUGAAAUGGGAUACAGCACCCUUGCCCAGGGUUUCCCAGAUGAUUCUGAGGAACCUAGUUCCCCUACAGAAAGAAUGUACACCAUUGACCCAAACGUAUAUGGGGAUAAGAGAGAACUCCAUAGUAAAAAUAAAGAUGACUUAACUCUAAGCAGGAGCUUAGGGCUUGGUGGGAGAUCUGCCAUAGAGCAGAGGAGUAUGUCAAUUAAUCUGCCCAUGUCCUGCUUGGACUCUAUAGCACUGGGGUUUAACUUUGGGCGGACACAUGACCUUUCACCACUAGGUUCAGAUAUUAUGGAUAAUGCUAGUGGCGAUGAAGGUGAUGAUUAUUUGCCAGCCACUACUCCAGCAGUAGAAAAGUCUCCCUCCUUCCCAUCAGCGAGCAGGGAAGAAGAUGAGAAAACCGAAGAGUCAAAAGUGAAAGAAGGAGGAGAGAUCCAGGUGGAGCCUUUGUGUGAGUCACCCUUCCUGGCUAAAGAUUAUUACAAAAAUGGGACUGUAAUGGCUCCUGAUUUACCUGAAAUGUUAGACUUAGCAGGCACAAGGUCAAGAGAACCAUCUGUGAGUGCAGAUGCUGAGGUAGUCCACAGGAAGUCUGUUCCUUCAGAAGCAGUUGUAGAGGACAGUGGAGUGGCCCAGCUCCUCAUGGCCGAUGAGAACCAUAUGACUCUAAAAGCUGACAGUCAACUAGAAGAUUUAGGUUACUGUGUUUUCAAUAAGUACACAGUGCCAAUGCCAUCUCCAGUACAGGACAGUGAGAAUUUGACGGGGGAAAGCUGUCCCUUUGAUGAAAAAAAUAGAAGAGGUGUCGUUGCAGACCUUUCUUUGAUAGAAGUGAAGUUGGCAGCAGCUGAGAGAGCCAAAGAAGAAAGAGAGGCUUCUGGGGAAUCAGCAGUUUUGGGCAAAGAAUUUGAGCAGGAGAGAAAAGCUAUUGAUAAACUAGAUACUGUGCUAGAAAAAAGCGAGGAACAAAGUGACUCUAAAGAAGUUUGUUCUCAUGAGGACACUGAACACGAAAAAGCAAAGCCUGCUCCAACUUUAGAAAGUGCAGGUGAUAAACAUAUAGUUGAACUGGAAGAGAAAGGUUCUUCAUUAUCUGAGAAAGAAAAAAAAGCUAUUCAUGUUGCUGAAGAGACAGGCAAGACAGAAAUUUCCUAUAAACCAGACUAUGAUGCUAUAAAGCAUGAAAUGGAUUCUGCUGCUCGGCAAGUUGAGCAAGAAAACCAGAAUAAGUUAGGAGUUCAUGUCACUGAGCCUGUUACAGAGGAAGGCACAGAUGAUCAAGAAAAGACCCUCUCAACAUUGCCCCAAGACUCCAGUGUCUGUGCAAAAGCAGAACCUGCUCAAAUGAAAGAUGCCAAUAAACUGUCUGAAACUGAAGUUAAGGAGAAAGGAGCUAAGCCUGACCUGGUUCACCAAGAAGCAGUAGAUAAAGAAGAAUCGUAUGAGUCAAGUGGUGAUAAUGACCAAACACAAGAAGGCUUGCCUGUAGAAACUUUAAAACCAUGUGGUGACAUAUUAGAACUAGAAAGCCCUUCUUUGUCGGAAGAGGAGAUGGCAUCACAAUUGACAGCUGAACAACCAGUUACAGAAAGAGGUGUAUCUAAAGCUACCCAAGACGAAACAACUGAAAUUCAAAUGGAGAACAUACCACAGCCUAAGGAAGAUAAUGUGGAAGCUCUAGGGUUGGAAGGCUCUGUAAAAACUGAGGCAUUGCAGGAAGGAGAAGAACAAGAGAAGGAGAGUAAGCAAGCAGAAGAACAAGAGGAAGAGAUCAAACAAGCAGAAGAAUAUGAGGAAGAGAGUAAGGAAAAAGAAGAAUAUGAGGAAGUCAGUAAACUAGAGCAAGCAGAAGAAAUUAAGCAAGUACAGCAGAAGGAAAAGAUCAUGCAGGAAGGUGAGGAAGAGAGUAAACAAGAAGAGGAAAAGAGGAGGCAAGAGGAAGAGAUUGAGCAGGAAGAAGGAGAGAUGAGGCAAAGAAGCAAAGAAAGGGACUUUGAGAUACCUAGUGAAGAUCUUGAGGUGUGUGAAGCUGUCCCUGAGCAAAUGCCUGAACUCAAAGGAGUAAUAGAGUCUGUGGUUACAAUUGAGGAUGACUUCAUCACAAUAGUGCAAACCACAGUCGAUGAGGGAGAAACCAGCUCCCACAGUGUGCGCUUUGCAGAAGCACCACCAGCUGAUACAGAAGAAGAAAGUGUCCAUCCUGAAGUGGAGGUGGAGGUGGAGGUGGUGACUGAUGUCGAAGCAGAGACAAAAGAAAGCUCUCUGGAAGCUCCUGGCUCCCCUGAACAAGAAGAAAUCCCAUCGACUGAUUACAAGACAGAGACGUAUGACGACUAUAAAGAUGAAACAACCAUUGAUGACUCCAUCCUGGACACAGACAGCAUAUGGGUGGAUACUCAAGAUGAUGAUAGGAGCAUCAUGACGGAACAGUUAGAGACUGUUCCUAAAGAGGAGAAGGCAGAGAGAGAAUUGCGGAGACCGUCUCUUGAUAAACAUAAAAAAGAGAAACCUUUAAAAACUGGGAGAGGCAGGAUUUCUACUCCUGAAAGAAAAAUAGCUAAAAAGGAACCUAGCACUGUCUCCAGAGAUGAAGUGAGAAGGAAAAAAGCUGUAUAUAAGAAAGCUGAACUUGCUAAAAAAGCUGAAGUUCAGGCUCACUCUCCCUCCAGGAAAAUCAUUUUAAAACCUGCUAUCAAACAUACUAGACCAACUCAUCUCUCCUGUGUUAAGCGGAAGCAGACAGCUGCUGGUGGUGAAAUCAACCAAGGUCCUGGGGUGUUUAAGCAAGCAAAGGAAAAACUUUCAACUUCUUCUUUGUCAAAGAUUCCUGCCUCAAAGGUUAGAGCAAAGUCAUUGCUUCCUCCAAGACCCAGCUCAGCUUGCUCAUUAACUUCUACUAAAAAAGCUUUGCUUGAUGCAGACAAUUGUUUUGCCAGGCCCUCUUCCGCAGGCCCAAGAGACUGCUUGCCAUAUUCAAAAACAGAUGCUCAGGACGGUGUAACCAAGAGUCCAGAAAAGCGUUCCUCUUUACCAAGACCUUCCUCCAUUCUACCCACCCGGAGGGGCCUGUCAGGAGACAGAGAACGAGAUGAAAAUUCUUUCUCCCUGAACAGCACCAUCUCUUCAUCAAUGCGACGGACCACCAGAUCAGAGCCUAUUCGAAGCCGGACAGGAAAGAGUGGCACAUCAACCCCAACUACACCGGGUUCCACCGCCAUAACUCCUGGGACACCACCUAGCUAUUCCUCCCGUACCCCGGGCACUCCUGGGACCCCCAGCUAUCCCAGAACCCCCCAUACACCAGGUACUCCCAGAUCUGGUAUUCUGGUGUCCACUGAGAAGAAAGUUGCCAUCAUACGCACACCUCCAAAAUCUCCAGCUACCCCGAAGCAACUACGGCUCAUUAACCAGCCUCUGCCUGAUCUCAAGAAUGUCAGGUCCAAAAUUGGGUCAACAGAGAACAUCAGAUAUCAGCCUAAAGGGGGACAGGUUAGGAUUUUAAGCAAGAAGAUUGAUUUUAGCGAUAUUCAAUCCAGAUGUGGUUCCAAGGAUAACAUCACACAUUCAGCAGGGGGAGGAAAUGUGCAGAUCGUAACUAAGAAGAUAGACUUAAGUCAUGUGACUUCAAAAUGUGGCUCACUAAAGAAUAUCCGUCACAGGCCAGGUGGAGGGCGAGUGAAAAUUGAGAGUGUGAAACUGGAUUUUAAAGAAAAGGCCCAUGCCAAGGUUGGCUCACUUGACAACGCUCACCAUGUACCUGGAGGAGGUAAUAUUAAGAUUGACAGCCAGAAGCUAAAUUUCCGAGAGCAUGCUAAGGCCCGGGUAGAUCAUGGAGCCGAGAUCAUCACGCAGUCACCAGGCAGAUCCAGCGUGGCUUCCCCACGGAGGCUCAGCAACGUCUCAUCCUCUGGAAGCAUCAACCUGCUUGAAUCUCCUCAGCUUGCUACUCUCGCUGAAGAUGUCACUGCAGCCCUAGCUAAACAGGGCUUAUGAAUUUGCUUCAUUUAGCAGUGUUUGAAGUAAUAAUAUUUAGGCAUGAGCUCUUGCCAGGAAUGGGCUCUGAGCAGGUGUUAACAUUCAUUCUUUACCAUGUCUAAAAUUAAGUCACAUCCCAAGACUGUAGUAACCAUAAAAUAAAAACUGGGGGAAAGAUAUA